AUGAGGUCUCAGCUCUUCCUCAGCACGCUUCUCUUUUCAACCGUCACAGGUUCACAGGUUGCCAACCUCAAUAUACCGGCCGAUGUUGCUGCAGAGUAUGGUUGUAAUGCGACCUGCUACAGAACCUUCAGUGCGAUUCUGUACAUCGAUGCCAUGGAGUACGGUGCUCUCUACGACGAGGAAUUCUAUGCAACAGCAAAUAACUUCUCUGCUUCGGCACCCGGAGACAUCCUGAAGUUCCAGCCUAUCGUUCCUGACGAGUUGUCAGGCAGCGUACCCAAAGGCACGACCGCCUAUCGAUUCCAGUACACUUCAGUCGACCUGUUUGGCAACACGGUCCCGGUUACAGGCUUCAUUGCUUUCCCAUACGCCAAUAGAACAAACGGUCAACUUUUUCGGACAGUCGCGUGGGCGCAUGGCACCUCAGGCGUCUUCAGAGGCUGCGCACCCUCUGUCAUCCCCAGCCUGUACGAGUAUGGCAGCUGGUCGUAUCUCAUUGAGAGGGGCUAUGCGGUUGUCGCGACUGACUAUGCUGGGUUGGGCAACGAUCAAGCUGGUCAUCCCUAUGUUGCAUUAUCCGCUCAUGCCAACGAUGUGUUUUACUCAGUGGUUGCUGUUCGAAAACUAUUCGGUGCCUCCUUGUCCACCGAAUGGAUGAGUGUCGGUCACUCCCAGGGUGGAGGCACAGUUUGGUCGCUUGCUGAGAGCUCCCUACCACGAAAUAACAACUCGAGUGCGGGCAGGUAUCUCGGGACAGUCGCUCAGGCGCCUGGUGUAUUCAUGGGUAGCACGGCUCUCGUGGCAUUAGAAUCGACGCAAAAGUCGACUUCCGACAUAGCCUCAUCACGUAGUGUGCUCGGCGAAGUUGGUUUCGCAGUGAUCGGCUUCCAAAACAUCUACCCAAACGAGACGUUCAGUUGGAUGGAUCAUACCUUCAGAGAACGUCUGAAGCUCGCCAAGAAGGCGCAGGCUUGCUACACUUCAAUGGAAUCUCUUACAACUGACCUCGACAUCAACCAGGUUUUUAAUCUCUCAGCCAAUACCACGAACGAGCAGGCCCGAUGA